AUGUCGUCCUCUCACAUCAUCCCGCCUCCGCCUCCGUUCACUGACUCCUGUUGCCACGGCAACCGGCUGCACAGGACAUUGACAGACCCAGACGACCUGUCUGAAGACUCUCAGGAGAGCCGGUCGGACUCGUCCUGUCCUUCAGAUCUGACCUUUGACCUGAUGCACGUCUCCGGGUUUAACUCCUCCCCUCAGACCGAGGAGGAUUCUGACUCUGAGUUCCUGCAAAGCAUGCUGGGAGUUUCAGAGUGGUCCGACGCUCUGAGCAGCGAGUCCCAGAGGACCUUUGGUUCUGACGACACCACCGACCCGGUGCUGGAGAGGCUGAGGGGCCGAGUGACGCAGAUACCGAAGCCGUUUGUCCCGGCUCUGCUCAGAGAUUCAGUCAAACAGAUUCUGGACGUCUGGAGGACGACUAAACCCGCCAACGAAGGACUCGUCUUCCAUCAUCUGCUGCAGCCCAGAAAUCAACGUUACCGAGAGGGAGAGGAGUUCUGCGUUCUUCAUCACGUCCAGAACGGCUCCUACGGCGACGUGUUCUGUGUCCAGGAUCGAAGCACCGGCUUCAAAUGUGCCGCCAAAAGGAUCCCCCUGGGUCUGUUCCGCAGUGAGGAGGUGAGGACCUGGAGUUCCCUGAGUUCUCCUCGAGUCCUGGAUCUGUUCGGAGCCGUGAGAGACGGACUGAACGUGGUGCUCUUCAUGGACCUGAAACCAGCCUGUUUGGCCCGGCUCCUGAAGGAGACGACCCGGCUCCCUGAAGACCUGGCCCUGCAUUACCUCCAUCAGAUUCUGGGGGCGCUGGAGCACCUGCACCACAGGAAGGUGGUCCACCUGGACGUGAAAGCGGACAACGUCCUGCUGUCUGCGGACUGCAGAGACACCUUCCUCUGUGACUUCGGUCUCUCGCAGACGUUGGACGAAGACGGACGGAGCUCCAAGGCUUUCAGGGGGGCCGCCCUCCCGGGCACGGAGUCCCACAUGGCCCCGGAGGUGGCUCGAGGCGACCCGGUGUGUGCGCGGGCCGACGUGUGGAGCAGCUGCUGCAUGCUGCUGUGCUUGCUCAACGGCUGCCAGCCGUGGACUCGUUACUUCGCCCAUCCGCUGUGUCUCCACGUCGCUAACGAGCCUCCGCCUCUGUGGGAGGUGCCGUCCAGCUGCAACCACUUCACAGCCGAAGUGUUCCGGUCCGGACUCCAGAAGGACCCGGACCGCCGAGCGUCGGCCGAGGAGCUCCGGAGGAAAACCACCAAAGCCCUCAGAGCAGUCGGCGGUCUGAGUCCAGUUUCCAUCAGCACCGCCCGUCAGAAGCUGUUUCAUGGUUCUGAUGUGCCGAAUGACCCAUCAUCAUCUUCUUCAGCUCCAGAUGUGGUCUGGGUCAGCCCCUGGAGGACUCUGGCGGUGGACGAGGACCGGGACGGAGACGCCUCAGACCUGGACUCUGAAGCAGAGACGGAUCGUCCAGCCAGGGACUGGGACUCUCAUCCCAGGUCCCUACGGGACCACUACACCGACGAGGCGGACUGGGAGACUGGUUCCGAGUCAGACGUUGAUAUUUACAUGGGCAAGGAGGACCAGGACCAGGACUGGUGCCUCAAAAGUGAUCAGGACUAUGAGAGGGACUGGGAGGAGGAAUGGGACUCCUCUGGAUCCACAGAGUACCUUCGGGGCCUCCGAGGGGUUUUCCCGUUGCUGCAGAAAGGUUUACAGGUGGAUCGGGCCUCAUGGGGAUCAGACGCAGAACUGGAGUACCUCAGGGAUGAUGUACCUGAAGGCAUCACGCUUCAGACCCCGAGCCCAGAACCUCGAGACGACCCGCCGUCCUGCUUCAGCUGCUCCGACUCGUCACAGAUGGACGAAUCGGAGGAGGACUCGGACGACUCGGAUCACUCGUCGGACGACCUGAGCUCGGGCGUCUUCUCCUCCUGCGACAGUCGGGCGGGCGCUCACCUGGAGUGGCUGCUCUCGGCCAAUCAGACGACUCCACGCUGCUUCGAGGGUGUGGACGUCUGGGUGGAGAACGUCCAGGGGGCGUGUCUGAGGAUCCGAGAGAGCCGGCGGGUCCAGGUGGGCCACGUUGCCAUCGGAGUCAGUGACCGGAUGUCGGGGAAAUCCUUCACCUUGGAGACUCUGGACAGGAAGACCGUGUCCUUCGACGAGCAGAUCCAGGAGUCCGGUUUGUGGUUCUGCUGCGUUCCCGCUCCGGACCGGUGCCAGCGCUGGAGGUGGAGGGUCCGAGACGGCCGGCUGGAGCUCAGGGAAUGAGCUCCCGUGGUUUCGGGUCGGUAACAAACGUUUAAACGAGCAGAACUUU